ACCUGUUUGGACUGCUGUUUAUCUACGUCAUUGUAACUGGACACUGCACUACGUUCUAUCGGAAGGUGGUUUCGUUGCUUAUUCCAACAAUUAGCUUUAACAAUGGUAAAAGUAACAUUUAACUCGUCCUUUGGACAAAAGGAUUUAAAGAAAACAUGCACUGGUGAAGCGCUCAUUCCAGAGGAGAGGGACCCGGAGGAUGGCGUGCGCGUGCGCCAGCAUUCUAAGGUGUGGUGCUGGUGCAUGCGCCUCGGUCUGGCUCUCAUGCUGUCUGGAGUGGUGGUGGGCGGGGCUUACCUCUACAAGACCUACUUAAUGGAGCGCCGGGUAUAUUUCUGCGGUGUGGACUACCGUGAGCAGGACUACAUGGUUCCGGAGGACGAUGACAUGGUGGACCGGCCCUCUGCACUGAGACACAUCGAGGAGACCGUGCGCGUGCUGGAGGAAGAGGAGGUGGAGCUCAUCAACGUUCCCAUUCCCGAGUUCUCCGACAGCGAUCCGGCCGACAUCGUCCACGAUUUCAACCGGAGGCUGACCGCCUACCUGGACCUGAGCCUGAACAAGUGUUAUGUCAUCCCUCUUAACACAUCCAUCGUCAUGCCACCCAAGGACUUCCUGGAGCUGCUCGUCAACAUCAAGGCUGGAACCUAUCUCCCCCAGUCCUACCUGGUCCAUGAGCAGUUGAUUGUGACCGAGCGACUGGAGAGAGUCGACCAGCUGGGAUACUUUGUCAACAGCCUUUGCAAGGGCCGAGACACAUUCAAACUGGAACGCCGGGAUACUAUACUGGGGCGGGAAAAGCGUGAAGCACUGAGCUGCAGGAAGAUUCGUCACUUUGAAAAUAAGUUUGUGGUGGAGACACUGAUCUGUGAGCCUUAGAGGACAGGAGAGGGACUUCAGACAACCCAUGUAUAGUUUAACCCACUGUCUACAGUGUGACCUUUAACCCUUCACUCUUCUGUACCACCUUCAUAGAUCCUUUACUCUUCUGUACUGCUGGUAAUUUUGAGGGUGAGUUGUCUAAUUGAGAGGAUUCCAAGGUAAAUACUGUUGUAUAAGGUGUAAAAUUAGGGAAUUUUCCACUUUGUGUAAAGUACUGGUAAGUACGUUUUCAUUUGAAGCAACUCUUUUGAAAGAAUCAAGAUAUGUGUGUUUAGUGUUUCAAAAUGUUGUGCAAAUUGUUUUCUAUCUUUUUGUUCUGGUGUUUAUUCAUGUCAAGGAAACACUAAAAGGGUUUAAACAGACCCUGUUGCGUCACAGCUAACUACACUGUUAUAAGGUACAUGACUAAAGAUUAAUGACCUCAUAAUGAGAAUAUACAUACUCUAGCAUAGAACAUUAAUUAUUCUGUAUAAAUUACAACUACACUGCAAUGAAAGAGGAACUGUAUCACACAGACACUGCAGGACCGUCAAAGAUCGGAGCCUGGGGUUACUAACCUGUAUAUAGCCUGUUUGUAAAGAAAAAAAGGAAGAUUAAUACCACAAUAAAUCUUAAUCAUUUUA